AUGGGAGAUAAUUCGAGUAUUAACGAAACGACAUCCACGGAAGGCGAAACUUUAAACCCUCCCGUUCCAACCUUUUCAGGCGAGGACAUCUCCGGGAUAUCCACAUCGCUGUUCCUCAAGCAAAGACAAAGCCCCCUUACCAAACUUCCUGACGAGAUAUGGGCUAUGAUCAUCGAGCUGGCCUACCAGCCACGAAUUGUUGUCCUGAGCGACGACCCGAGGUACCCAAGGGAGCGGCGUAAGUUGGCCCAAAAGCAACGGGGGAAAUAUUUGUUCUCGCCUGUACCAAAUCCUAGUUUGGUAAAUGUAUCCCAAAGCUUUCGAGAACUUAUGAUUGCUCGGGGCUACGAUGUUGCGUUCGAUACCGGGUCCGAGUUGUGGACACCACCUAUUUGGUUCAACUUUCGCAGAGACAUUUUGAGCUUAGAGGAUCCAUCCCGCGAGGUGGAUUUCUUCAGAAACUGGAACAAUGCACAGGAUUUUGUUACCAAAUCGUUGGCGAAAGUCGAAAACUUGCUUUUGAAUGCAUUUUUCACAAAAACAGCCGACUUACCUCACGCUCUAGACGGACAGGAGAAGUACUUCAAAAACCUGAAAAGAAUCAUGAUCCUUCAGAAGUCUUCCUAUGAGCUCUUGAGCAUAAAUCGGAGGGAAUUAAGUUGGGGCGGAUUUGUGGACGAUUGUACUUGUAUGGAAAUUCACGAACCUCUUUCGAAUCCGUCUGCGGGAGAUAAUGCAUUGAAAGAAUUGAUCGGCUGCGCAGGCAAGAUUGGCAUUGUCGGGAGACGAGGAAGGAAGCGAGCUCUUGUCGAACAUGCAUCAAAUUUCAUCUCCGCAUACAAAAAAAGCAGAAUUGCAUCUCGAGAAUAUCUGGAAACAAAUCGGGAAGCGACGAUGCAUGGAGACGCGCCACCGAUCAUGCUACCCGACUUCAAUCUGCAAACAAGUGGAUCUGGAAUCAUCGUCUCCCAUGUCGUAAAGCUUUAA